UUCGACAUUAGAAACAACAGCAUAGACGUCUUUUUAACGACGCUAAAAAAAGUAGCCGAUACAUUUUGCCCCUUUCUUUUCCCACCAACUGCACCUGGUUUCUUUUUUUUUCUUCCUUCCUUUCUCUGUUUUUUACAGCCUUUUUCUCCUCUUCUCUCUCUCUCUCUCUCAUCUCUUUUUGUGUGUGUGUGUGUGUGUGUGUGCGCGCUACUUUUUUGUCUAUUUUAUUUUGCUCUUAAUUUCUUAUUAAUAUUGUUGCGAUGGAUCCGUGUAUCAUGGAAGAGAUUUCACCGCCGGCCACACCUCCUACCCUCAGUUACCGUUCCCCACAGCGAUCGAAACCGCCGUCAGUUGUGGAACUCCAAGUGGAUACCCAUGCUUCUCCAUUGGCAACGUCAUUCAUCCAUGACGAUCGGUUGAAUUACAUUAGCAAUGUCAAGAGUAUAUUCACACGACUGAGUGCACGACAACAACAGACGUUCAUUGCUGAAUUGCUCAGUUGUUGCGAUAACCAGCUGUUGGCUUUUGUAAAUACCCUGAUUGCUCCCAAGCUCAAGAUCGACUUUUUGAAACAGCUCCCUAUUGAACUGGCUCUGCACGUUUUAUCAUUUAUUGACGAUCCACAGACACUCGUACGGGCUUCCAGAGUGUCGUCGUUUUGGUAUGAGCUACUCAAAGACGAAACUACCUGGAAAGCGCUGUGUCUGAAACAUCAUCGACGUCGUCGUUCAUUACAAUUUCAACAACCGAUAUCCUACAGAGAAUACUUUCGACACAAACACAGCAUUGAAAUGGCCUGGCGAAAAAACACUGGGAAAAUCACCACCUGCACUAACCACGUUGAUUCCGGUCUGGUGACGAGUCUGCAGCUCGACAAACAAUUCAUUGUCAUUGGAUGCGACAACAACCGCAUCGAAGUGUUUGACAGUACCACCGGAAGACACAUCCGAAGUUUACUGGGUCACGAAGGUGGGGUGUGGGCAUUGCAAUUCAUCAGAACACUGGAUCCGGAACUUCAACAGGAGUAUCAUAUGCUUGUUUCCGGAGGUUGCGACAGGGAAGCUCGUGUAUGGGAUCUCGCUACAGGGCAAACACGUCAUGUCCUACGUGGUCACACGUCGACCAUCCGGUGCCUAAAAAUUUUGAACCCUACAACCUUGAUUACCGGUUCUCGCGAUACCACUCUAAGAAUCUGGGAUAUCGAGCAUGGUACAUUGAAGCAUGUAUGCAUCGGCCAUCAACUAAGCGUACGUUGUCUUGAUGUGCAUGAUCAUCGAGUCGCUUCUGGUUCCUAUGAUGCCACAGCAAGGUUAUGGGAUACCAAUACAGGAGAGUGUUUGCAUGUAUUUGUGGGUCAUCAUUCGCAAAUCUAUGCCAUUGUUUUCGAUGGUCAGCGCGUCAUUACGGGAGCUUUGGAUUCUACCAUUCGUGUCUGGUCAGCUGCUACAGGCCAAUGUCUCGCCACUUUGCAUGGUCACACCUCACUUGUCGGUCAUUUACAACUCUCGCCUACCGAUGCCUCUCUACUUGUCAGUGGGGGGUCCGAUGGUUGCCUACGUCUGUGGGACCUCAAUCACUAUGAAUGCAAGCACCGCAUCUCGGCUCACGAUAACUCUGUCGCUUGCUUACAGUUUGACGAUAAACGAAUCCUAAGUGGCGGAAACGAUGGCACUGUCAAACUAUGGGAUUUGGAAACAGGGUCUCUGAUUCGGUCAUUCACACAGCCGGCUAAAACGGUAUGGAAAUUGCAAUUCAAUGACACCAAAGCCGUCGUAGUCAUGCAACGACUCAAGCACGAUGGCAUUACGCAAACUACACAAACCGCUAUUGAACUCCACGAUUUUGAUCCACUGUAAAACUUCUAUCCGAUGAUAGUCCUCCAUCCUCCUGCUGUCUUUUUUGUUACUGUCGUUGUUGCUUUUUCUUUUUUCCUUGUAUCCUUGUUCAUUUUUUUUUACAAUCACUCAGUUUGUU